AUGCAGCAGCACCGUUAUGGGGAUUGCAGAAUGCCAGGAAGCCAGGAAGCCCGCCUUGCUUUCAUUUCAGUGUCGCCUACAGAGCUCUGGAUUGAAUCCCAGCAUAAUGGUGGCAUCUCAAGUAGCCGUAUUCCCAGUGUCAAUAUGAUCACAUCUUUCGAUAUUGCUCUUCGGGUACCUUGGUGCCAAGUAUUGAGGCGUGCUGUCCUGAUGCAUGAUAGCCCAGCACAGCCACAGAAAUUUACCGAGAAACAUAACUACUUUGGCCCCUUCCAAGAGCAGCUGGCGGGUAUAGCAUCAAACAUAUUGCAUGGCACUACGGAACACUCCAUGAACACAGAGUCCAGAUUCCGUUUACCUAAGACUAUCCUGGGAAUCCACCCAUCGGCGGCGGGUGAUGCCGACUCCUCCUUACCUGAAAGGUCACGGAUGGAAGGAUUUGGCGAGAGGCAAUUAAAAUUUCAUUCUCCUGAGCAAAUAUUGACCUCAGACACCCCGUGCCCAGACUUCUACUUCUCGUUUAAUCUCUUGGCAUUGUUAUCUGCGGAGCCUGAUCUGCAGUGCGAUUUCCCCAUGACGAGUCACCACCGAGUCCCUGAAACACGGCUUUAUGCAGUCUUGCACGAACAAGCGAACGCGAGAUUAAAGGCUUCAUGCUAUAUGGAGACCUCAUUGACCGAGUCUUGCGAUAUGGCGCGCCUUCCGUUCGUCUCUGGACGGCCGGCGGCACACGUCAAAAUUCUUAUUUUGCAUAUUGGCACACUUCAACUGAUGACAGAAUACAGGUCUGGGCCAGCACUACAGAAUGUUCACCCUUCGAGGGCAUACUACUCCUACUCAAAGGAAGAGCAGAAGAACGACUUCAUGUCCUGCAAGGACAGCGAUCAUGAGAUGGACGAGCAGAAGUUUCUAACGGACUGGCACUGGGGACAGGAGGAACCGAAAAUCCUCCUUAAUAGGGAGGCGACCACUCCUGCCAUAAGUCAAGACAAUCAGUUAGUCACGGUAGGGAUCGCAAAAUAUGUUCAAAUAUUCUGUAUGGACACUAAGGAGCGAGUGGAUGUGUUACACGGACAUCCUGGGGAGGUAUUUACCGUCGCCUUUGCACCCUGCCUGCGUCGAGGUUCGAUCGACAAUCAAGAUGCGCCGCGUUAUUUACUAGCAUCCAAGAUUGAGGAAGACCAUGAAAACACCAACUCCAUGCACUGUAUUCCAGGCGAGUUGGGUUCAUUCGGAAGUCUUACUUUCAGCCCCGACGGUGCCCUCGCGGAGACACGGUCUGCUCAAGAGCCUCAAAGCUUCUCAUCGUUCCAGAUGUCGACGGAGUCUUACUUCAAGCUAAUCGCUUUCACUGCUGAGAUCAAUUUUCUUCAAGUACUUUCCCCUCAAGCGCAUACUAUGGAUACUGGUAUUACUGUAACUGAAUGCUGCCCCCUGGGCAUCGUCAUGUUGAAAUUGCCGCAAGGUCUGCAACUCAUCGCACGACUGCAGAAACAGUUCAUAAGCACAGUUAGUAGAGCCCUGCGAGCAACAGGCCUGGAUAGUUGCCAUCACAAGGUGUCCAAUGAUAUUAUGUCCCGAACUGGCUCCUUAUUGAUGCUGCCUUUGCUGUUUGUGGGGACGGCCCGGGCGGAAGAAGGUUAUUUCACCCGCACCCGCACUGAAUCAAGAAAAUCAUUCCCCGCAGCGUGGACGCAACUGUUGCCUGACUCUGACGAUCAAUUACCACAACCUUCGCGACCAGAUGAGUCUGUUGCUAUAGAACACAUCAUUGCGUCAUCUGCGCACCUGAAUUUGAGCCGUCCUUUCAAGGGCCGAGGAAUUCAAAUCAGGACCACAAUUAUCCCCGAAGCGGGAAAUGCAAGAAGGACCGCAUUGCGCUCGCAGUUCUGUGGAGAACUUGGUGGUAGGAGCCCUUUGCAGCAAGUAUCGUCGACUCAACAUCGGGUGCCUGACUAUCAUCGUUUCUGCCGUUUCGCGUUCUCUUGA